CUCAAAACUAAGAAAAGAGGAAAAGAACGAUCCAGAAAGGUAAGCCGCGAGCAGCAAGCGGACGACGGGGAGUUGCCAACCACUCCACCUAUAAAUUGUACCACCACUGGGUGGCAGCUCCUCAUUCCCAACUCCAAUUGCAUAAUCCAACGAUUUCAAGAUUGAUUUUCUACUGCAUCUUCAGAAUGGCGAACUUUGAGCUCUCAGCAUCUCUUCUCUUAUGCCUCAUUCCUCUGUUCUGCUUUUUCUUCGUGUACUUCAAAACUUUCGUGAGAAACCUCUUUGCUGUUGCUUUUGAUGAUGCCAUGCGAAUCAGUAGUCAAAGAUUCUAUUCCCCUGUUCCCUUGAUUUGGAAGGUUAAACGGGCUCUGAAUGUUGGAUCAGAGAGGAAACUUAAGGAAGCUGUUCAUCAAGUUCGGGAAUUUGCUAAGCAGAUCAUCAAAGAAAAGAAGGCAGAACUGGAAGAAAAAUCAUCAAUUGAUUCAGUUGAUCUCUUGUCACGAUUCUUAAGCUCAGGCAAUUACGAUGAAGAUUUCGUCACCGACAUUGUUAUCAGCUUUAUCUUGGCAGGCCGAGACACAACCUCUGCCGCAUUAACAUGGUUCUUCUGGUUAGUCUUUGGCAACCCAAAUGUUGAGAAGAAAAUCGUAGAAGAAAUCAAAGAAAAGUCUGAAUCUCCGGUAUACGAUGAAGUGAAGGACAUGGUUUACACGCAUGCUUCGCUUUGCGAAUCCAUGAGACUUUACCCACCGGUUCCUACAGAUACCAAAGAAGCAACGGAGGAUGAUGUAUUGCCCGAUGGGACAGUUGUUAGGAAGGGCACCAGGGUGGCUUAUCAUCCCUAUGCAAUGGGUAGGAUAGAGGACGUGUGGGGUUCGGAUUGGGCAGAAUUCAAGCCAGAGAGAUGGUUGGAGAAGGAUGGGCUGAGCGGAAUGUGGAACUUUAUUGGUAAAGACUCGUACACCUACCCUGUAUUUCAGGCUGGCCCAAGGAUUUGUCUUGGAAAGGAGAUGGCUUUCCUGCAGAUGAAGAGGGUGGUUGCUGGUGUCCUGCGGCGAUUUAAGGUGGUGCCGGCAAUAGAGGAAGGAGUGGAGCCGGUGUUCAUGGCGUACUUGACCUCCAAGAUGAAGGGUGGUUUCCCAGUGAGAAUUUUUGAGAGGGUAGGAUACUGUUGAACGUGUUGUUACGGUCAUAGUCAUUUGACUUUUCAAUUGACUGAACCUAUCAGAUUACUUAUUUCUGUAUUGUGUAGUGUAACUUACUAGUACUUUAAUUAAUGCGUAAAUUAAUGGCUUU